GGCAAGAGACCAUCAGGGAAGGCUUUGAACAAAUGAGAGAGAGACAGAGACUGACUGAUAUUUUUUUUUGCUAGAGCAAAGCCAUCGAAGGGGGGGAGGCUUGGACAGCUCACACACCACAAUUUCUUUUUUUAAAUUUUUUUAACAAAAAAAACUCGUCAGCCGAUAAGCCGAUAGUUUAUUUGAAAGGUUGAAUGGUCUCUCUCUCAUUCUCUCCUGCUCUGUCCCUUUCUUCCUCUCUCGGGUGGUCAACAAAAAUAAGUGUGAACCAAAAAUGGUCUUCUUUAAAUACUUUAAAAGCUUACCAAGACUCCUCCCUCUCCUUUUCUAAAUUAAUUUUUUAA